CGCUUCUGUUUUAUCUUCUCGGACCCAAGAAAACAAUGAGUGCAAGCCAUUUGGUUGCCGAAUCCGUGUGGAAAACAAUUGAGUCAACUCAAUCAGUAAACGAGGAGCAGCUAUCAAUCUUGCAUUUCUUGUUUGGUAAAAACUUUGAGAGAGCAAUCAGGAUAAUGGAUCAAAGGGGAGUGAAGAAAAUCUCUGGUGAACCCAGUGAUCGUUCUAUCUUUCAGGUUGUUGGAGAAUCUAGAAGAAAGGAGGAGUAUUUAUGUUUUGCUGAAAACUAUUGUGCUUGUUAUUCAUUCUUUUAUGAUAUAAUUAACAGAGGAGAACAGCUUUGUUGUAAGCAUCAAUUGGCUGCAAGGCUUGCUGGAUCAUUGGGAGCUUGUGUUGAAGUUAAAGUGUCCGAUGAACAGCUAGCAGUAUUGCUUUCAGAACUCUAAAAAUCUUUGUAAUGGAAGAAAAUGGUGGAAAAAAUGAACAAAUAUUG